GCAGCUGUCAUCUGCAGCAGCAGCCUGAAGCAGCCGACAUGGAGGAGAAGAAGAAGAAGAAGUCCUCCAGGAAGUCUCUGAGAACUCUGUUCUCCAGAACCGAACCGAGUCCGGACGAGUCUGCGCAGAAGCAGCAGGACAGGAAGAAGUUCAAGUUCCCGAAGCUGAAGAUGAAAACGAAGAUGGAGGCAGAGAGGCAGCAGGAGGUCCGGACUCCAGAGGACGAAGACCGGCCGGCCUCCCUGAAGAAGGCUUCCUCUGUCUGCGCCACCGAGUCCAGGUCAAAGGUUCGUCUCCUCAGUUACUCGGACUUGGAUCUCUCGUCUCCACGUCGUUUUGCUUCGUUCUCUUUCGGCCUGAGGAAGAGGAGGAAGAGGGAUGAAGAGCACCUCUCCAGGAGCGCCUUUGGUCUCCAUAGCAACCAGCAGGAGGAGGAGGAGGAGAAUCCCGACUCCCGCCUGGAUCUGGACCGGGCCGACCCAAAGACCCGGUUCAGUUUGUCUCAACCCGAACUCGAUACCAGCGGAACCUUCGACAUCCCGUCUCCCCCUCCCCCGUCCUCCAACCGGGCCGAACCGUUCUCCUUCACUGCAGGGUCAUUAACCAGAACCCGACCAGAACCGGAGGAGCUUCUCUCCAACAGAACCUCCAGAACUCUGAUCGCCUCCAUCCCGGAGCUUCCGGUUCCGACGGCCCGAACAGAAACCCCGGCUGUUCCCGGCCUCCGGUCCAAUCAGGCAGAACCAGGUGCGGACCAGAACCUCACCUCAUCCACUGCAUCGGGAAACGGGGACGGUUCUGAUGGUCCGAGUCCGGAUCCAGAACCUCUCGGUACCUCAGGACCCGGGACUGUGGUUCUGGAGCAGCGGACCGGUUCCUCCAGGUGGGACUCGGGUUCAACUCUGGGCGAACCAGAACCUGAAGAAGCUUCAACACUCUCUAUGAUCCCAGAACCGGAACCGAGCAGCUCCGAACCGAACCCGACGGUACCAGGUGAAGGUACCAAGCUGGACCUGAAAGUACCAGUUGAACUUUCUGAACUGGACCCAGCGGUACCCGCUGAAGGUUUUGACCCAGAACCGAAUUCGACAGUCCCAGCAAAAUGUUCUGAUCCAGAACAGGACCCGGCGGUACCAGCUGAAAGUUCUGCACUGGACCUGAUGGUACCUGCUGUCUCAGCUGCAGGUUCUGACCCUGAGUCGGACGCGGCGGUACCGCCUGCCAGCCCCGGUCCCGGUUCGGGUCGGGAUUCGGUGUUCGGAACUCUAUAUAAUUCUCUGUUUCCUCCUCGGUUCUUCCCGGUUCGGUCUCCAGGCCGGGUCCCAGAACCAGAACCGCCUGGGGUCCAGACCCUCCCUCUACUGCCACCUGACCCCGCCGCAGGUUUUUCCGGUUCUGCUGAAACCAAACCGAGCCGUGUGAUUCGGGUUCGGACCGCUUCCCACAGCGGAGGCCUGGUUCCCGCUUCUCCGGUUACCGCAGCGUCUCCAGGGACGGACUCUCGGGUUUCCGGCUCUGAACCCAGACUGGUUCCGGUCGGACUGCCGAUCGCAGCAGACUGCUUGCCUCCGGAUCGCGGAAUGAACGUUCAGGACUUCUCCGAACCUCCCGAACCGGACCGGGCUCUGAGUCCGGCCUACCUGAGCGUCGGUUCGGACGACGGCGGAGAGCUUUACUUCAGCGCCCCGGAGGAAACCCCGGAGAGCGGAGAGGAGGCGGACCUGCGGGACGGCGGGGGGGAGGUAGAGACCCCCAGAGGUCAGAGGUCAGAGGAGAAAGCAGAAACAGCCUCGGCACAGGUGAGAGUGUGGGAGGAGCCGGCGCCACCGGUUCCCCAGGUAAACAGGCUGCAGGAAUGCGGCUCGGCCCCGCCCGCCGCCGGUGCGCCGGCGGAGGGAAACCAGGCCGCAGAAACCGAAGAUCCCGCUCAGAAAGCCCCGAACCUGCCGGGACCGGUUCUGGUUUCUGACCCCAGGAGAACCGAGGAAACCCGAGAGGAAGAGGAGGAGGAAGAGGACGAAGAGGAGCGCACCUUCACGCGUCCUGCAGCGGAAGGGACGCCUGACGCCGCCGCCGGCCGUCCCGAGGGGGCGGAGACCAGGACGCGCCGAGUUAACGGAGCCGCCGCCACGCAGCGACAGGUGCCAGACCUGACGUCGGCUCUGGACGCACGCAGACCGCCUGGCGACCAGCAUCCUGCCCGCGCCGCGGCUCACCUGGACCGCAGCUGCCAGCCUCCAGAACCAGAACCAGAACCAGAUGACAGGAUGAGUUCAGUCUACAGCAACCUGAGUACCAAGCUGACCCUGAAGAACCCGUCUCCUCCCAGAGAGGAGGAACCCAAACCCCGCUUCCACAAAGUGUCCCUGGUUACCAUGGAAACCAGUAGCACGCCCGAGCCAGACAAUCCGGAACCAGAGUACAAGUGGAAGAACCGUUUUCAGGGCGUGACUCAGUUUAAAUCCAGCAGGGCCCCUCUCCCUGAAGACGAUGAACCUUCCUCACAUUUCAGCUCCUCAGACAGCUCUGUGUACCUGAGCCCCGCUGGAGGCGGGGAGUGGAGGCGGAGCCUGCUGGAGGAGGGGGAGGAGUCAGCUGCUCCUGCAGGUGAAGAGGACGAGCGGCUGAAAGGAGAGACUGAGUGGAGGAAGCCGAGGUGGGAGCUGGAGCCGCUCUCUACGUCCUCCUGCAGCACCGAAGACAACGACUCCUCCUUCUUCACCGGAGUCUUCAAGGCCACCCUGGUGGACCUGACCCCUGACCCCCCAACGUCCCCCGACGUCGACUCCCCCGUCAACGACAUGGACAACCUGGUGGACACCCUGAGGAGCAUGGGGCCCUCUCAGAGGCCCCGGAGCACCGGCGUGCGAGCAGCUCCUCCUCCACUGGUCUCCACCCUGUCCCCCAUCAGAGAGGACUCGGUGAACCCCGUCAUCUCCACCCUGUCCCCCAUCAGAGAGGACUCGGGGAACCCCAUCAUCUCCACCCUGUCCCCCAUCAGAGAGGACAUGGGCAGUCCCUUUGUCCGUAGCACCCCCCAGAAUACAGAGGAGCCCCAGAACCAGCUGUACACCCUGCCAUUGGACCUGGGCCUGAAGAGGAACAUCUCCAGAGACGCCCGCUCCCCAAUGGAGCUGAUGAAGAGCCAGGAACUGACUUCCUCGCUGCACAACGGGAACGGCGCUCCUUUGUCUCCCACCACCGGCUCCCGCCUCGACAACAGUGUCCUCUUUGGCUCUUACCGCUCCUCAAACUCUGACCUGAAGCUGGAAAACGGGACCGCCCACCGGCCGCUGUUCAGCUCCCUGCCGGACACGGGAACCCUGGGAAUGAGACUGAGCGAGACUGGUGAGGCGGGGCCUGUUGGGGACGCAGCGGGGUCCCGACUGGAGCGCCUCUCCUUCCUUGUCAACUCCUCUUCAUCCCUGAACGGAGACGCCGGCUCCUCCAGGAUCAGCCGAUCGUCCUCCUUGAUCCUGGGCUCUCCCACCUCCAACAGUCCCACCCGUUUGCUCAGCCCCACCGGCUCCAUUGACCCUCACUGGACCCCCACCAUCUCAGAGCCCCACCUGUUCAGCCAGGGGCCCGGGGUCCUACGGAGGAGCAUCAGCUAUGAGGGGCUAUCACAGGCAUCCCUGUUCAGCAGUUUGUCUGGAGGGCCACAGUUCAGCAGUUUGUCUGGAGGGCCACAAUUUAGCAGUUUGUCUGGAGGGUCACAGUUCAGCAGUUUGUCUGGAGGGCCACAGUUCAGCAGUUUGUCUGGAGGGCCACAGUUCAGCAGUUUGUCUGGAGGGCCACAAUUUAGCAGUUUGUCUGGAGGGCCACAGUUCAGCAGUUUGUCUGGAGGGCCACAGUUCAGCAGUUUGUCUGGAGGGCCACAAUUUAGCAGUUUGUCUGGAGGGCCACAGUUUAGCAGCGUUCAGGCAGGGUCCCAAUUCAACAGCGUUCCCAGAGGGUCCCAGCUCCAGAACCAGCAAGAUGAACCAGACAGCAACCUGAUGUCCAAGUAUCGAGCCUUCCCAGACGCCUAUCUCACCAAGGAGAAGGAACACGGGAAGCUGAAUCCGCGACCAGGAAAGAUUUACAUCUUCGACCGGCCGGGAAUGUGCGGCCGCAGGAUGGAGAUCCGCGGAGACGUCAUGGACGCCACGUCCUGGGAGCUGCAGGACACUAUCUCCAUCAGGGUGGUCCGAGGAGGGUGGGUUCUCUAUGAAAAGCCCGACUUUAAAGGGGAGAAGAUCGCCCUGGACGAGGGAGACGUGGAGCUCACCUGUCCCUUUAGCCCACUUGAGGAGGCGCUGCAGAACGGACAGGAAGAGGAGAAGAAGAACGGAGAAACGGAGGAGCAGAGCGAGGAGAAACCGACCCAGAAGUUCAUCAUCGGAUCGAUUCGCAGAGCGGUCAGGGACUACAGCGUUCCAGAGAUCUGUCUCUUCCCAGAGGAGAACGCGGAGGGGAAGAAGGUGGUUUUCCGGGACACGGCGGAGGACGCCAGGAUCUUUGGGUUUCCCAUCAAAGCCAACUCCAUCAUCGUGAACGCCGGGCUCUGGCUGGUCUUCGCUCAGCCCUUCUUCCAGGGCGUCCCCCGCAUCCUGGAGGUGGGGGGCUACUCUAACCCUGCGGCUUGGGGGGUGGAGCAGCCCUACGUGGGCUCAGUGCAUCCCCUCAAAGUGGGAGAACCUCGGGUGGAGAACAUGAGCGAACCCAAGAUGGUGAUCUACGAGAAGCCGUACUUCUCUGGGAAGUCCAGGACCAUCUCCUCCAACCUGAGGGACUUCAUGAGCCGGACGGACCGCCAGCAGAACCUCUUCAUGGCCAGCCUGGGCUCCCUGAAGGUCCUGGGAGGAAUCUGGGUGGGAUACGAGAAGGAGGGUUUCCGCGGUCACCAGUACCUGCUGGAGGAGGGCGAGUACCACGACUGGAGGGUGUGGGGGGGCUGCGACUCCGAGCUGCGCUCCGUCAGGAUCAUCCGGGCGGACCUAGCGGACCCGGUGAUGGUGAUGUUCGAGCAGCCUGAGGAGGAGCAGGGCGUGACGGAGGAGAAGACCUUCGAGGUGACGGAGGCCAUCCCUGACGUAGAGCUCUUCGACUAUAAAACCUCCACCCGCUCUAUACACGUCCUCAGCGGAGCGUGGAUCGCCUACUCCCAUGUGGACUUCUCAGGGAACCAAUACAUCCUGGAGAAAGGCUUCUACAACAACUGUGCUGACUGGGGCUCCCAGGACACCCGGGUCUGCUCGGUCCAGCCCAUCUUACCGGCUCCAGCUGAAUCCUCCGGCCCCAGAGACGAGAUCAUCCUCUACUCUGAACCAGACUUCCGGGGCGAAUGCCUUGUGUUUCACCACAGCCAGGGGGCGCUGUCAGAAAAAUUCCUCACCGGGUCAUGUCGAGUGGUGAGAGGAAGCUGGGUCCUCUGUGAGAACAAGCAGUUCUCUGGGAACAUGUAUGUCCUAUCUGAGGAGGACUAUCCCAGUCUGACCAGUAUGGGCUGCCCCUCCAGCUGCUCGGUGCUCUCCAUCAAGCUGGUGCCGAUGACGCUGUCGGUGCCGUCCGUGUCUCUGUUCGGACUCGAAGGUCUGGAGGGCCGGGAGAUCACCACCGAGUCAGAGGUCACCAGUCUGGUCCAGGACGGCUUCAACGACCACAUCCUGUCGGUCCGGGUCAACAGCGGCUGUUGGGUUUUGUGUGAGCAUAGCAACUACAGGGGGCGCCAGUUCCUCCUGGAGCCGAUAGAAAUCACCAACUGGCCCAAGUUCAGCUCCCUGGACCGGAUCGGGUCCAUGUACCCCAUCAGACAGAAGCGUCACUUUUUCCGAGUGAAGAACAAGGAGAGCGGUCACUUCCUGUCGGUGCAGGGCGGGGUGGAGGAGCUGAAGUCGGGUCGGGUGGUGGCGGCGGCGGAGGUGGAGCCGCCGAGCGACAUCUGGUUCUACCAGGAGGGACGGAUUAAAAACAAGCUCUCUCCCUCCAUGUGUCUGCAAGUGAUGGGCAGCGUGGAACCGGCAGCCAAGGUGGUUCUGUGGAACGAGAGCCGGCAGCCGAUCCAGAACUGGUCGGCGAAGAUGCAGGGUCCGAUCGGCAGCCUGACGUUCCCUGGAAUGGUGCUGGACGUUAAAGGCGGCAGAACGUACGAUAAGGAGCAUGUGGUGGUGAUGCCGGAGAACGACGAGAGGCCGAGUCAGCAGUGGGAGAUCCAGCUGCUGUAGCCGGAAACCUGCUGCGCCUUUCUGGAGCUGCAGGUUCUCCUGAAUGCACGGAGACCAGCGGACCGAAUCUGAAACGGUUGACAGGCAGCAGGAGGUUCUGUUACCAAAGAUACUCCCGACGUUCUGGUUGUGGUUCUACUGAGAUCCUGUAAAUGUUCUGCCUGGAUCGCUACACAUCGACCAGCAGAACAGGAAUGUUGGCUCUCAGUAUGUUUAUAUGUACAUGUGUGUGGACGACACUGCGGCCGGGUUCUUCCCAUGUUAUUAGCCUUCUACUGUUACAUUAACCUGCUUCAGCUCUGUUAAUAUUUGAAAUGAAAUGCAUUCAGUUGGAAGAUGUUGUACACCAGGGAAGGGUUUUAAAAUGUUCAAUAAACAAUAAAGCGAC